GGUUAGUGGUUCUUUUUCUGAUGAGUGGAAACUUCAAAAGGAGGUUAGUAGAACAUUGUGCAAGCCAGGACGACAGAAGCCUCAGCAGCUCUCAUUAAGUCUGUCCUCACCUGAAAGAGUAAGUAACGUAACUUUUUUUCCUCUGUUCUUUUAUAUUAUUAAUCAAUUCUGCUUUGUUUUAAUUUUUUAUGGAAAGGUGUAUUGCAAGGUUAUAUAACUCUAAAAUCAUAAAGUUUUUGUUAGAAAUAAUUGAAAAGGGAAAUUAAAAAAGUGUAAAAAUAGAAAAAUCUUUGUGGAGGCUGCCUUUGAUUUUCAAAGAUUCAACCACCCCCCAAAAAACAACUUUUUUUUGGACAAAACAUUUGUGGCAAAAAUUUGAGAAAAGAUGGCAAAAAAGUCAAGAAUCCUAAUUUUGUCAAUUUGAACAAAUAUUCAGGUAUAUGUUCAAGAAAAUUUUGAAAAUUUUCCUGCCAUUGCUGCCAAGGAAAAACAUGGAAAAAACUGCCAAGGAAAAAAAACUUAAGAAAUUAUAUGCAAAGAUUUGAUUUGCAUGGAGCAGGAAAAUCAGAAGGAAACACAGUAAUAACAGUGAGAGGUAAUAAUAAAACCACUGAUUGCUUUUAUUUAAUCCGGUAAAAGACCCAUUGGGAUCUCUUUUACAAGGCGACCUGGCCAAGAGAUCAGCAGCACACGUCGUCAGGAGUGACAUCCAAAUGAAUAAAUGAAAUUGAAAGGAAUUUAACAGCUCAUUUAAUAUGAACAAUUGAAGUUUACAUAACCUAAAUCAACCAUUAAAAAGUAGUAGUGAUUGUAAGUUAUGCAGUGAGGCUGCUCGCUCUUGCAGCCGUAGCGAGGAGGUGCUUAAAGAGGUGAGAAGACCUCCAUUAUUAAAAAUAUAUAUAUUUAUAUAUACUUUAGAUUUUUUCCCCCUGGUAAGAGAUAAAAGUCAUGUAGGGAGGUCAACAUACAUAAGGACUGAAACUUAAAGCCAUCCACCCUUUGCACCUCCUCUUUUGCAAUCCUUAGUUAGGAGGUUCUGAAGGAGAACAGAACUCUAUUUCUUAAAAAAAAAAAAGAUUUUUAGACAUUUUCAGCUGGAAAAAGAUAAAAGUCAUCUAAGUUAGGUCAGCAGAGAUGAGCACUGAAACUUAAAGCCAUCCCACGCUCUCCGCCUCCUCUUUCUCAGACUGUAGUGAGGAGGUGGAGAAGGAGAGCAUGUCUCAGUUUAUUAAAAGAAAGUCUUUUUGAGACUUUUUCUUAGAGGUAAGAGACGAACACUGAAACCUAAAACCAUUCACCCUCUCCACCUCCUCGUUCACAGACUGUAGUGAGGAGGCACUUAAGGAGGAGAACGGACCUCCUUUUUUUUAAACUUUUUUUUAAGCUAAGAGUCCUCUAGGUGACUCCUAACCUCCUCUUUUGGGAGGAGGUUCCUUUUGGGUGAGCCUAAGUUCACUUUUUGUAACACAGCUGACUACGUCAAACAAUUGUUCUUCAGAAUCCAUACUGCUGUUAUUUACCUCACCACACACACAAAAAAGAACAAAAAACAUCCAAUAAUUUCAAUUUAGGAAAAAAAAACAGCUUCAUUCUGCAGAUAUGAGGCUGCAGGUCACUCUGGAACUUCCUUUGGACUUUAGCUCCGACUUUCUUGUGUAAGUGGUUCAGUCGGCGUCUCUCACUUCCCUUUAAGGCGGGAAGCAAUUAAAAAAACACGCACUUCAAGAAAUGUCUCUCCAAGCUUUAUAUAUUGCUGUCAGUUAAGAAAAAUGUCCAGAGAGAAGACCUUUUUUCUGAGCUGUAACCUGCUUCUCACUUCAGGCGAUCACCAUGACAGCAGCAGCAGGACGGCUCUGCUUACUGGCUGCUCUGCUGCCUCUGGCUGUCCCCCUGGAACAUGACCACAGAGAGGAGACAGACACCUACCAUGUGAGCGUUGGCCACUUGUUUCUGCUCAGCUGCUCCUUCGCUGACUCUGGAGCCACGUGGGAGAGAGGAGGCAGCAGCAACACCAGCCUCCCUGCAGGAGUGGAGGUCAGAGACGGACUGCUGUGGUUCCUCCCCGUGGAGGAGUCUCAUGAAGGAGAAUACACCUGCAAACGGAGUAAUCGACCGCAAUCAACGAAGAGGAAAUUCAGGUUGUCGCUGUCCCGUGGAGAAUGUCCUGAUCCAAGUGAGGUCCUCUCCCUCCCGAUGGGAAGCAGUGGAGGUCUUCCCUGCAAACAGACAGAGAUCUUCAGACUGAACACAACAAGGAACGUUCGGUGGAUGAAGGACUGCCAUCAGGUGCAACCAGAAGAAGAUCAAAUCAUUGUGAGUGAAGAUGGCUUCAUGAGGUUUAGCCCUGCCUCACUGAAGGAUUCUGGGAAAUACACCUGUCUGAUAGACAUCAGCCUGAACGGCAAGAAGUACACAGCGGCACGCAGUAUUCAGCUCACAGUAAAAAACGAGCCUCCAGAUUUUUUCCAAGAACUUCACAUUUUAAAACCUCAAGAGGCUGUGAUCCUAGUUCAAAAUGAAAACACUUUGUAUCAUAUCAUGUCUCGUCUUAUCACAUUUUUUGCCAAAAACAAUAUUAACCCAAUCUUUGUCCUCAACUCCCAUCAACGCACAGGGAUGAGUGCAGAGCUUCAAUGUGUAGCCAUCGUGGGCCUCAGUGAGGACCCAGAGAUCCUCAUGUUCUGGACCGUGAACACCACUCUGACCGAGGACUACGAGGAGCUCAGUGAAUCCUGGAAGUUUAUAAUCAACAGAGGUGUGGUUUACGGUCACUCCACCUUAUCCAUCUCCAAAGUUCUCCCUGAGUUCCUCAACGUUCCCAUUCAAUGUCAUAUCGGAAGCCCAGUGGAGGAGAGGACGGGCCGCGCUUGGCUUGUAGAAGCUGAUCACAGCGCUCUCUACGGAUACGUAGCCAUCUUCAUCACUGCGUCUCUCGUUAUUCUGCUGCUGCCGGCUGUGUUUUUCUUCAAAGUUGACCUGGUUUUAGGAUACAGAACGCUGACGGCACACUUUUACAAAAAAGUUAUUUCAGAUGGGAAACUUUAUGACGCCUAUGUGAGCUUCCUCCAACCCAAAUCUCCAAGUGUGGCGGAGGAGGCGGAGUUUGCUCUGCAGAUCCUGCCGGAGGAGCUGGAGCGGCAGCAGGGUUACUCGCUGUACAUCAGAGGACGAGACGACUGCCCUGGUGAAGCGAUACACGACGCCAUCACGGCCACUCUCCGUCAGUCACGAAGACUGAUAAUCAUCCUGUCAUCAGAGGGAACAUCACACGACCUGUCCUGCCAGUGUGAGAACCAAAAACAGCUGCUGUACGAGCAGACACUUGGUCUUCAUGAUGCUUUGAUGAUGAAUGACCCCAAAGUCAUUCUGGUGGAAAUGGAUGGUCCGGUGGAUUACAGGUUACUGCCAGAGUCUCUGCAAUACAUCAAAAGACAACAAGGAGCUUUAAAGUGGAGAAAAGUCUUCAUGAGGAAGAACUCGCUCAGCAGCUGGCUCUCAAACAGACACUUCUGGAAGAACCUGAGGUAUCACAUGCCCUCAGUCCCUGCAAGGAGACACCGGACUGUAGUCUGAAGAAGUGUCUCCACGGGGAUCCACAGGAUGAGCUGCUUUUAUCACUACACUUUUUAAAGAAUUUAUUUUUCUAUUUUUAGAAAACUUUCUAUAUGUGCAUUAUUUUAUUGGUUUCUUCGUUGUUCUGGUGUAUACAGAUAGUAGAAAAUGUGUAAAAAUGUAUUCCAAACUGACAUUUUAACGUCUGUAUUUUCUAUGGAAAUAAAAAGAGCACUUU